AUGAAUCGGUCGGUUUUUAUCGUCUUUCUGUUGAUUUUUUCCGUCGUUGGAGCCGAUCAACCUUCAACGGGAAAUGCGAGGAACCGUCGGCGUGCGGACGAUCCGGAAACCACCAGCACAUCGACUACCACCACCACCCCCAGCACCUCGACCACCACAAAUCCGCCGACCACUACAAAUCCGCCGACCACCGAGACUACGACGACCACCGCGCCUACGUCCACUACCACGACCACACCAGCUCCGCCUAGUACCACAACUCCGACUACUACACCAGCUUCGACCACUACGACCACUACUACUGCAAGUCCCGGUACUGGCGAGCCAGAGACGACCACGGCAGCUUCGCAGGAACUCGGUAAGUCCUUUUUUUUGUGAUGCAAUUAGGAGAAGUAUUCAAGUUUUUAUUAUACAAAAAAUUGGUGGAAAAGAUGAGAGAUUUUUACAGUGGCGCGGACUUGAUACAGUGACAAAAAAACAUGCCAUUUUGCAAUCGGGAGGUAUCAAAAAUGCAGCAAAAUACCUCCCUCUCCAACUAAGAAAACUCCUAUUUGAAAAACGAGCUCUUUUCCUUACAAAAGAGAGAUUUUGAAAUCGGAGAUUUUUCACUUGGAGAAGGAGGUAUUUUGCUACAUUUUUGACAUUUCCCGGAUGCAAAACCAUAUGAUUUUUUUUGCUACUGCGACGCUCAGAUUUUGAUGAAACUGGGCACAAAUUUUGAUUCAUUUUUCCCAAGGCGUGUGCAAGGUUUCUAGCCAGCGGCUUACUGUUUUUAUCGAUUUACUACAUGUGAAUAAAGCAAUAUUCUUUUAAAAAAUCAAUUUUUUCCGGACAAAUUUUUUUAUUUUUUCCCAUUCUCACCUAGAUGUAAUCUGAAAAGUGACAAAAUAUCCGUGAGGAUGACUUAUUUUCCUAAAUUUCUGAUUUCAGGUCCUUUCGACGGGAACAAUCUGUACUUUACGGCUGGUGCCGCCGUCUCAGCGCUCGGUUUCCUCAUCAGCACGUUGUUCUUGGUGCUGGCAUUGGCUGGUGUGAUCUGCAAACCCGUCGCGAAGAACAAGAUCAAACGGGAGUUGGAUCCGCAUUACCGUUGA